UUGCUGUUGACUUGUCUGGUCUCCACACGCCGCGAGCGAAUCGACGGGAUUCCCCUCCCUCGCCUAUCCGCUCCACCGGAUCGCACCGGCCGGCCCGCCGCUCGCCGCCGCGAGAACCUGCCGGCGGGCAGGUUGGCCCCCGAUGAGCCCUUCUCCGCCGCCGCGUCCGGCUCCCACUUACCGGCUGCUGCUACUGCUGCUCUUCUUCUCGCCAAUCGCGUCGGCUGGACAACCGAAAGGCGUAUGUGUUUCGCCUGGCGGACGGUUCCCUGCUUUCUCAUCCGAAGGCAAACCUCCGGGAAAAGCAGCAAAGGGGCGCAAAGAUCUAGCACUAUGUAGGAUAUUCCGCCAGAACACGUGUUGUGACGUGACGCAGACGUUUCCUGCCCUGGUUUCAGUGAGAAGGCUCUCGUCAACUGGCGAGGGCAGUGGAGAAUGCCUUCAUUUGUGGGAGUUGCUCGAGUGCUCGAUUUGCGAUCCACGGGUGGGUGUCAGGCCUGGACCUCCUGUUAUAUGCGCGUCAUUCUGUGACAUGGUUUUCGAAGCUUGCUCGGAGGCAUACUUCAGCGUUGAUAUGAAAACACAGGCCUUAUCUCCUUGUGGUUUAGGUGACAUCCUUUGUGGCAAAGCAAAUAAGUGGGUUUCUAACGGCACAGAGCUAUGUCGCCUAGCUGGUUUCUCUGUUAAAGUUUCUGAUACCAGUCCUAGUGAAGUCGAUGAUUUCUGCUAUGGUGGGAAAGCAAGUUUGGAUUCCAUCUCAGGUACAUGGACACCUUCAAAAGAAUGUCCAACAUUACAUGGUGUGACCUCUUGGGGUCUCAAAGAUUUUCAGAUAUGGACCAAAGAAAUGCCUGUUGGUGAAAGAAUUUCGUGGGCAAUAGGAGGAAUGGUUCUUACAGCAGGCCUUAUUUUUACCAGCAAAAGAGAGGCCUACAGGCGUCGUCGAAAGCAAGCUUCUGUUGCUCAAACUGUGAGAAAAAAAUGGACUGAGGAGCUAACCCGUGCCAACUCAAACAAUGCUAGGAAGACAUAGGCACCUGUAGCAUUACUAAUAGAUGAUCUCUUGGAUUUGUACUUAUGCCGCUCUGUGGUUAUAUUCUGAUCAACUAUGAACGAUAGGGUUGUAGGCUAUCCUUAUUGUUCCGUGUGAAAGAAAAGCUGAAGUGGUAUAUAUGAAUUGUACUUGAGAUUCUUUUUGAAUGCAAUUUUUAGUUCCGCUUGA